UAUAGCCAAAUGCUGGUGGAGCGCAGCCAGCAGAGAAUAAUCACAACGUGUUCGCGAACGACUUCCAAGUGCCCGAGAUCCGUGUCCGUGCUCCGAUCCGAUCUGAUCCGUUCUGUUCCACUCCGGGGAAAUGUCAACCAGCGCCACCAACGGCACGCACUACGAGCAGCUGCACCAGGGCCGCACCAAGAUGUACAAGUCGAAGGUGGAUGUCGUCCUGGGCGCCCAGUGGGGCGACGAGGGCAAGGGCAAAGUGGUGGACAUGCUGGCCUCCGAUGUGGACAUCGUCUGCAGGUGUCAGGGCGGCAAUAACGCUGGACACACUGUGGUGGCUAAUGGCACGGAGUUCGACUUCCAUCUCCUGCCCAGUGGUGUGGUGAACGAGAAGUGCGUUUCCGUCAUUGGCAAUGGCGUCGUCAUUCACCUGCCCUCGCUGUUCGACGAGGUGCUGAAGAACGAAGCCAAGGGGCUGCAGCACCUAGAGAACCGGCUGAUCAUCUCGGACCGUGCCCACCUGGUGUUCGACUUCCAUCAGCAUGUCGAUGGCAUGCAGGAGGCUGAGAAGGGCGGCAAGUCGCUCGGUACCACCAAGAAGGGCAUUGGUCCGGCCUACUCUAGCAAGGCUACCCGCAACGGCAUCCGAGUGGGCGAGUUGCUCGGAGACUUCAACCUGUUCAGUGAAAAGUUCAAGUCGAUUGUGGCCACGCACGUGCGCCUGUUCCCAUCGAUUAACGUGGACGUAGAGGCGGAGCUGGCCCGCUACAAGGACUACGCAGAUAAGGUGCGUCCCUAUGUGAAGGACACCAUUUGCUUCCUGCACACCGCCCUGCGCAACGGAAAGACUAUCUUGGUCGAAGGCGCCAACGCGGCCAUGUUGGACAUUGACUUCGGCACGUAUCCGUAUGUGACGAGCAGCAACUGCAGCAUUGGAGGAGUUCUCACGGGCCUGGGUCUGCCCCCGCAGACGAUUGGAGAGGUAAUUGGCGUGGUCAAGGCCUAUACGACGCGUGUGGGCGACGGUCCGUUCCCCACCGAGCAACUAAAUGAUAUUGGUGACUUGCUGCAGACACGCGGCUUCGAAAUCGGCGUCACAACCAAACGGAAGCGCCGCUGUGGCUGGCUGGACAUACCGCUGCUGAAGUACACCUCGCUGGUCAACGGCUACACUUGCAUCUGUGUCACCAAGCUGGAUAUUCUUGACACGCUGCCGGAGAUCAAGGUGGCUGUGGCUUACAAGAAGCCUAAUGGCGAAAAGCUUGACCACUUCCCCGGCACCAUAGCUGAGCUGGGAAGCAUUGAGGUGGAGUACGCCGUGCUGCCGGGCUGGCAGACAUCCACUGAGGAUGUGCGUAACUUCAAGGAGCUGCCGGAGAAUGCCCAGAGCUAUGUCCGGUUCCUGGAGAGCGAGCUGAGUGUGCCCGUGCGUUGGGUGGGCGUUGGAAAGGGUCGCGAGUCCAUCAUCAAUGUGCAUUAACUAGCCAGCAAGUGUGCCGACGUACUUAUGCCUACCAGUUUGUUUAUAUGAGACGGAAACGCUUUAGGGCGCAUUAGCCAAAAACAGCGCUUAAACUAUCCAACCACAACUACAGACCUAACCACCCACAAAUACAACUAAUAUUUCGACUAUCUACAACAUUUGGACACAAAUUAUUAGCAUAUUGCUUCUUUAAGUUAUACUUUCUAGUUUUGAUGUUCACAAAAUCAUUAGAAGCGGUGCCGUCCGGGGAUCGCACGCAUAUAUUAUACUAUAACUUCUUGUUUGAUGAGGACGUACUUAGUUUAUAAGAUCAUCAGGUGCAGUUUCAGAUUUUUUGUAUGCAAAGGGAAGCAGAUAUUUUUUAUUGUACAAUAACUAAAUGAUGUUGUUUUAAUAUUUAAAUACAACAAUGUGCUCUGACUUGUGUAAUUGUGUCGCAAGGUAAAUACAUUUUAAAAUUAAA